AUUUCUCUCUUCCAAACUACUUGACCAAAUAUGGCUGCUGAUCUGAUCCUCGGUUCUGUUUUGGAUGUCAUUUUAUCCAAGGUGAUUUCAGUUGUUAACGAGCAGCUCAACUUAGCUGGCGGAUUCAAGAAGGAGCUGAGGAGGUUUGAUCGCAAGCUGAAAAUGAUCCAGGGUGUGUUGCAGGAUGCAGAGCAGAAGGGAAUGGUAGGCGACCCUGUUCUGAAGCCUUGGCUUGAAGGGCUUCGGAGUCAAGCUGAAGAGGCUGACGAUAUGAUGGAUGAAAUUGCAUAUGAAAAUCUGCGGUGCAAGGUAGCUCAAAUGUCGGAAAAGGUCAGCUACUUCUCUACUCUUUUCAAUCCUUUAGCUUUUCGCCUUAAGAUGGCGAACAGGAUUAAGAGUUUAAAUUUAGAACUAGAUGGUCUUAAUAAGAUAGCCACUGACUUAGGGCUGCAACAAAGACUUGCAAGCAAGCAUCCUGAACAUAUAGAAACCCAACAAACAGAUUCCUUAAUUGAUGAUCCAUCAAAAUUUGUAGGAAGAGAAAAUAAGGUCUUAGAAGUCGUUGAAUCAUUGAUUGACUCAAGUAAUGAUCAACCUCUCCUUGUUGUAUCCAUAGUGGGUAUGGGAGGCAUAGGCAAAACUACUGUGGCCAAACUAGUAUGUGACAAUGAGCAAAUACGGAGUCAUUUUUUCAAAUUAAUUUGGGUUUGUGUUUCUGAAAAUUUUAAUUUGAAACAAAUUUUAGUAGAGAUGUUGCAAGCUUGUGGUGAAAAUGUUUCUGUGGAUGUAAAUCAAGAUAUUGUAGUUCAAAAACUACAGGAAAAAUUGAGGGAGGAAAAAUUGAGGGAGGAAAAAUUGAGGGAAGAAAAAUUGAGGGAGGAAAAAUUGAGGGAGAAAAAUUAUCUUCUCAUAUUAGAUGAUGUGUGGAAUGAAGAUUGGCAAAAAUGGGAAUCCUUGAGGAGCUGUUUGUUGGGAAUAGGUAAAAAAGUUGGGAGUAGGGUUCUUAUCACAACUCGAAGUGAAAAUGUAGCUUCCACUGUGGUAACACUUUCUAAGCACAUGCAUCAUCUCGAGAAGCUAACAGAUGAGGAUUGUUGGUAUAUAAUCAAGCAGAGAGCAUUUGUCAACUCAUCAUUCUCUUCAGAAUUGGAGGGGAUUGGAAGGGAUAUUGCUUGCAAAUGUAGAGGUAUAGCGUUGGUUGCAAAUGUUAUUGGGGGGAUUUUGUGCAAUAAUAUGAAGAAGGAGUAUUGGUUAUCAAUUAAAGAUAAUAGUGAAGUAUGGGGUUCAAUAGAAGAAGCUAAUGGGGUUCUACGAGUGUUGCAGUUGAGUUUCAAUCGCUUGCCAAUACCUGCUUUGAAACAAUGUUUUGCUUUUUGUUCUAUUUUCCCUAAAGAUUUUGUCAUGGGAAAGGAGAUGUUAAUCCAACUUUGGAUGGCUGAAGGAUUUCUUCAGCCAUUUAGUGAAACACACUUGGAGAUGGAGGAUGUCGGUGAUAAGUAUUUCAAUGCAUUGUCAUCAUAUUCUUUAUUUCAGGAUGUUGAAAGAGAUCCUUAUGGGAGCAUUAUUACUUGCAAAAUGCAUGAUUUAAUUCAUGAUCUUGCACAAUCUGUUUCAAAGUCCCAUACUUUGAUUUUGGAAGAUGGUAGCGGAAGAAAUAUUCCUGCAAACAUUCAACAUUUGAAUGUCAUUUCUGAUAAGGAUCUGACAACAACAAAAUUAGGGGAUGUCCCUAAAAAAUUGCGCACUUUGUGUUCACAAAUUGAUGUCUUUCACAGUAUGUCAACGAACUUGACAAAGGUGCGGGUUCUCAGUUUCUGUGGAGCUAAAAUUGAUGAGUUGCCAGCUUUUUUGGGGGAAAUGAAGCAUUUAAAGUUCUUGGAUGUUUCGAGAACCAAAAUCAAAGAACUUCCCAAGUUCAUCACCAAGCUCUAUCAUUUGCAGACAUUUAGAUUUAUGGAUUGCUACAGAAUUGAAAGGCCUUUGGAAGGAAUAUGGGAUUUACUCAAUUUGAGACACAUUUGUUUCAAUAAUGGAAAGCUUAUGCCAGCAGGGAUUGGUAGACUAACUUGUCUGAAAGCAUUACAAUUAUUUGUUGUGGGCCAACAGAAGGGACAUCAAAUUGAAGAACUGGGGCGUUUAAACCAACUCAGGAGAAAAUUAAAGAUUCGUAAUUUGGAUAGGGUUAGAGACAAAGAAGAAGCCAUGGGAGCAAGUCUUUCUGAAAAGGAUGCAAUUCAGGAGUUGCAAUUGGUGUUUAGGAAAAAGGAUACAAUUGAGGGGUUGCAAUUGAUGUGUUAUGAGGAAUCCAAUGGCAAUAGAGAUAGAUGCGAAGAUGAUGAAGAUAGAUGCGAAGAUGAUGGAGAUAGAUGCAAAAAUGAUGAAGAUAUCUUGGAAGGCCUCCAACCUCAUUCAAAUUUGAAAGGCCUAACUAUUAAACACUACUGGGGUAAAAGUUGUCCUUCAUGGAUGUUAGAAACAAAAAAUUUUCUCAAAAAUCUGAUGUUCAUGACCUUUUCUAAAUGUCCCUGGUUGGAAAGCAUUCCAUCAUUGUCACUCAGCAAGGAAGCAAAGGUGAAAAUUUAUUAUUGCCAGAAUUUGAAAAGCAUUGCAGAUUCGUCCUUUCAGAAACUCAUCAUUAAGAAAUGUGAAGAACUGGUUGGGAUAGAGGUUGGACCAGUUGCCAUGAAGUCUCUCAAAGAAGUACACAUAGAGAGUUGUGGUAAAUUGGUUAAUCUUCCAAUGAUUAGUAAAUUACAAUCUCUUGAGGUACUUGAACUUCAGCAAUGCAAGGAAUUGAAGAUUAUUGGAGAUGAUGCUCCAUUUAACUCCACGUGUCUACAAGAGUUAAAUAUUCAGGAUUGUCAUAGCCUGAUGUCCAUGCCAAGUGUAGAUGGGCUAUCCUCUCUUCAAAAAAUUGAAAUAAGUAGGUGUGGGCAAUUGAAAAGCAUAAGAGAGGAUUUAUCUACUGCCACGUGUCUCAAAGAGGUGACUGUAUGGUCGUGCGAUGGUUUGAUGUCCUUUCCGAACCUCCAUGGGCUGUCCUCUCUUCAAAAAUUUGAAAUAAUCAACUGUGGGCAAUUGAAAAGCAUAGGAAAGGAUUUAUCUACUGCCACGUGUCUCAAAGAGUUGACUAUAAGGCGAUGUGAUGGUUUGAUGUCCUUUCCGAACCUCCAUGGGUUGUCCUCUCUUCAAAAAAUUAAAAUAGAUGGGUGUGGGCAAUUGAAAAGCAUAGGAGAAGAUUUAUCUACUGCCAUGUGUCUCGAAGAGUUGACUAUAGAAUACUGCAAUGGUUUGAUGUCCUUACCGAACCUCCAUGGGCUGUCCUCUCUUCAAAAAAUUGAAAUACGCUGGUGUGGGCAAUUGAAAAGCAUAGGAGAGGAUUUAUCUACUGCCACGUGUCUCAAAGAGUUGAGAGAGGAUUUAUCUACUGCCACGUGUCUCAAAGAGUUGACUAUAAAAUACUGCAAUGGUUUGAUGUCCUUACCGAACCUCCAUGGGCUGUCCUCUCUUCAAAAAAUUGAAAUAAGGGGGUGUCGGCAAUUGAAAAGCAUAGGAGAGGAUUUAUCUACUGCCACAUGUCUCAAAGAGUUGACUGUAGAGGGAUGCGAUGGUUUGAUGUCCUUACCGAACCUCCAUGGGCUGUCCUCUCUUCAAAAAAUUGAAAUACGCAACUGUGGGCAAUUGAAAAGCAUAGAAGAGAACUUAUCUACUGCCACGUGUCUCAAAGAGUUGACUAUAUGAUGGUGCGAUGGUUUGAUGUCCUUUCUGAACCUCCAUGCACUUUCAUCUCUUCAGACUUUAUCGAUAAGGGGUUGUGGUGGAUUAAGAAGUUUGCCAAGUGGGUUGCCAUCAUGCAUUGCUCUUGAGGAAUUGGAUAUCUCCUACUGUCAUAAUCUAAUCUCUAUUCCAGAUGAUUUGAGGAGGAGCUGGAGCAUCGCUAACCCUGACUGCCUUCCUCACCUGAAGAAGCUGACUAUUGGUGGUUUCUCAACAGAGCUUAAGGAAUUUCUAGAUCUGGGCUUCAUCGGAUCUCAUCUUGAAGAAUUGACUUUGAUUGCAUGGGGAGAACCAAGAGAACGUCUGCUGGAUCAAAUUCAACACCAAACUGCCCUUAACGUACUGUUUGGAUAGAAAAUAGUAAAGGGAAGGGAAGGGA